AUGGACCAGCCAUCUCCCGAGGACUACUAUAACCUAGGUGACUAUCGUCGGAAUGUGAGCACAAUAAACGAACAUGCCCAACUUUGGUUUAGUCGGGGCUUAAUCUGGGCCUACGCCUUCAAUCACGAAGAAUCUAUCCGAUGCUUUGAAAAGGUUGUCGAACUCGACCCGACAUGCGCUAUGGGAUACUGGGGCAUUUCCCUUGCUCUAGGGCCUAACUAUAACAAGCCAUGGCAGCUCUUCGACGGAGAAGAUCUCUCCGCCACCACGACUCGCGCCCAUCGCGCGAUCCUAGAGGCGAAGAAGCACGCUCCCACCGCGACCCCAUUGGAGAAUGCUCUUAUCGAUGCAUUGCAGCACCGGUAUCCCCAAGAGCAGCCCGUAGAAGACUGCACGGAAUGGGAUAAAAAAUACGCCGAGGCAAUGACAUCAGUGUACAAUGAGUACCCGGAUGACCUCGACGUGACUGCGCUGUACUGCGAUGCGCUGAUGAACCUGACCCCGUGGGGUCUUUGGAACGUGAAGACCGGCGAGGCCACGCCAGGAGCAAAAACUUUCGAGGCGAAAAAAGCCCUAGAUCGAGUCUUGGAACGAGACGAAUCCUUCGAUCAUCCAGGUAUCUUGCAUCUCUAUAUCCAUCUGAUGGAAAUGUCCCCGACGCCUGAAAUUGCCCUGCCGAUAGCAGAGUAUCUGCGUGGUCUUGUGCCAGAUGCUGGUCAUCUGGAGCACAUGCCUUCCCAUAUCGCUGUCUUGUGCGGCGAGUACAAACACGCAGUGGCAGAUAAUACCUCUGCAAUCCGGGCAGACGAGAAGUUCCUUGUCAACCAGCCACUGGGCCACUUCUAUAAUCUGUACCGUGCACACGAUUAUCAUUUCCGGAUGUAUGCUGCUAUGCUGGGUGGCCGAUCGAAGGUCGCACUUGAGUCUGGGGCCGAGCUCGCGCGGAUAAUAACCGAGCCUCUCCUGCGCGUCGAGUCCCCACCGAUGGCAGACUGGUUGGAGGGCUUUGUUGCCAUGCAGAUGCAUGGGUUUGUGCGCUUCGGUCGCUGGGAUGAGAUCAUUGCCGCAGAGCUGCCGGAGGAUGCAGAGCUGUACUGUGUCACCACAGCUAUGAUGCACUAUGCAAAGGGCAUCGCAUUCGCGGCGACCGGCUGUGUUUCAGAGGCGGAGAAAGAGCGGGAAUGGUUUUUACGGGCAAUGAAACUUGUGCCGGCUUCGAGGACGAUCUUCAAUAACCGCUGUGUCGAUAUUCUCCGUGUUGGUGAGGCGAUGCUCGAUGGCGAGAUUGCGUAUCGCCGUGGCGAAUACGAUACUGCAUUUUCAUAUCUCCGGGAUGCUGUUCAGAGGGAUGAUUCGUUGCCGUAUGAUGAGCCGUGGGGCUGGAUGCAGCCCACUAGACACGCGCUGGGGGCAUUGUUGCUCGAACAGGAUCGUGUUGAGGAGGCUGCGGCUGUAUAUUCUGCGGACCUUGGAGUCGACACAUCUUUACCUCGAGCUUUGAGACAUCCGGGUAAUGUAUGGGCUUCGCAUGGGUAUCAUGAGUGUUUGGUCAAGAUGGGUCGCAAAUAUGAGGCGCGUGCCAUGUUACCGCAACUGAAGAGUAAUUUAGCCUGGGCGGAUGUGCCUAUCAAAUCGUCGUGUUUCUGUCGGCAGAGGACUGAGUGA